AUGUCACAAUCGUUGACAACGUCGGCAAUACCGACGCCGUUCCAGCCCCAUCGGGACCACCAUACGCAUCAUGAAAAGGCAAAAGUACCUGAAUCACAGCCUCCUGCAGAUCCCGAACCGGGUACGUACUCGCCCUUAUUAAGUUGCAUGUUAGCAGGUGGUUUUGGAGGUGCCAUCGGCGAUUCGGCGAUGCACUCGUUAGACACAGUCAAGACCAGGCAACAAGGAUUGCUGUGGAACCCAAGGUACAAAAACAUGGUACCGGCUUAUGUCACAAUUUUCCGUCAAGAGGGGUUUUUUAGAGGCCUCUAUGGCGGUUACACUCCGGCAAUAUUAGGAUCUUUUCCGUCCACAGCUACAUUUUUUGGAACCUACGAAUUCUCAAAGCGUUUCAUGAUCAACAACUUACAUAUGAAUGAUACCGUGUCGUAUUUCAUCGCCGGUAUAUUGGGUGACUUGGCCCUGAGUGUAUUCUACGUUCCGUCGGAAGUGCUAAAAACAAGAUUGCAGUUGCAAGGCCGCUUUAACAACCCUUACACAAAAGGUUGCGGCUACAAUUACAGAAACCUCCGAGAUGCCGUCAGGCUGAUCUCUAAAACAGAAGGUACCUCAGCAUUGGCAUAUGGAUACAAAGAGACUCUUUUACGAGACUUGCCUUUUAGUGCUUUACAAUUUGCAUUCUACGAGCGAUUCCGCAAGUGGGCAAUCAUUUACAACGACUCCAAUAACGAUUUGUCUUUUACCCUCGAGCUUGGAACAGGCGCCGCCGCUGGUGGUUUAGCUGGUGUGCUUACAACACCGUUAGACGUCAUUAAAACCAGGAUUCAAACGGCCACAACGUCGACAGCAGGUGCACAUGCCCCACAUGUUACAUCUACUGGAGGCGCAAUCAGUCAACUAUUGCACAAGUUUUCGACGGUCAAGGCAUUGCAUUCGAUAUACAAAAACGAGGGCAUUUACGGCAUGUUCUCUGGAGUGGGGCCCCGUUUCAUCUGGACGGGGCUCAAGAUCUCUGAUGGUGAUACCUUGAAGAAACGCGUUCAGAUCACAUUUGAUUCUGCUGGCCAUUUCAACCAUUUUGUUCAAAAGAUCAAGUUGUGGCUCGGCCUCAAUGUUGUCGUUCAACGCUCUUUGGAAGACCAGCUUCUGAUGUCACAGGAUUUUACUGGACUGCAGAGCCAGAGGAGGCCAGAGCAGCCUAGAGUUGAAAUUGGUGAUACUGGAAAUGACGUUCAUUCCCAGAGAGAGUCCUUCUCCCAGGCACGUCCAAAUUCCAAAGAUCUCGAACCUCAAGGAUCCCAGCCUGCUCGAGCAUCCCAGACUUUUCCGCCCUCUCAGGUCGCUCCCGAUAUUCCCCUGAUCAGGCCAUCCCAAUCUUUUUCUCAGAAUGUCGACCAACCCGGCCCGCUGCUGAACAAUGUCAAUUGGCAAGCCAACUCUCCUCAGCCACUGGCUAACAUGGUGAGCCCUUCUGUUGCGGCUAGUAACUUCACCCACUCCCUCAAUCUCCUUGUCAAUGCAGCUCAGGGUCUUCAGAACGAGGUGACGGGCAUGAUCUCGCCUAAUCCCAGCCAGUAUCACUUACCACCUACAGCUGAGCCAACUUUUGCUUUGCGAGGGAAUAAGGAUGGGCUUACCCAACACUCCCAAAUUUUUGAACCUGCUGUGCCGCCUGGAAUGAACAGGUCAAUUUCGAAUGUAUUGAGUCAGCCCUCACAGAGCUCUGCCCGCCCUGACGACUCAUUCUUGUCACAACUGACUCAAAGAUUUGAUAACAGCUGUUUCUCGAUACUAAACCCUGUUAAGUCAGAGCUGCAGUCUGCCGAUGUCAGUAUGUCUAAGCCAGGUAUCCCACUGGUAACAGAGAAGGAUUUGCGCAAUGCAAUUGAGGAUAUACCUUUCGAAAUCCCGGCUGAAGAGCAUGCCAGAAAGAAGACUCGAAGGGGGAAUAAGAUGGAUAACCUUCUCAGCAAGGCACUAGAGGAUGCAAUGAAGGAUGAAGAUGGAAUUGAGGAAUUAGACGACAUGUCUCUCAAACUCAAGAUCGCUCAAAAGUUGAAGACGUGUUGA